AGAGUUACCGAUGGUGACCUUAACCGGUAAAGUUGGCGAAGUUCCAGAAGGGCGAGGCGGCUGCGGGAGUACAGAAAGGCAAAGCGGUAAGCGGAUUCCCCGUUGCCUCCGACGAAGGAGGAUUAAAUCUAUAAAUGCAGCCACCGGGCUUGUGCUCUCUCCCCCAACUCCGCUUUGUCCCCUCCGGAGCUCGAAGAGGAGCCUCUUCGAAGAAGGAAGGGCGGAGAAUAGCAGAUCGAAACAAACUGCUCGCCUUGGGGACGGAAAUCCGACCGUGGGAUCCCGCAAUCCGACGGACAUGGGGCUCUCCAGCCUGCCGACCCCAUCCGAGAGCGUGCUCACUCUCGUUCUCGUCAACACCGCCAUCACCGUCUCCAUCUUGAAGGAGCUCCUCCGCUCCGCCCUCCACCUCCUCCGCCUCCGCGCCACGCCGCGGCCACAGCCGGCACUCGCCUCACCGGGGCCGCCGGAGCCCAGCCUCGCCGACCGGUUCCGCAGCCAGUCCAGUCCGAUGCGGUUCGGGUCCGCGUUCGGGCUCCGUCGCCCCGCUUCCGCGGACUGCCGGGUCUGCCUCGCCGGCUUCGACGCCGAGUCGGUGGUGAACCGGCUCCCUUGUGGGCACCUUUUCCACGCCGCCUGCCUGGAGACGUGGCUCGACUAUAGACAUACCACGUGUCCACUCUGUAGGACCCACGUCCUCCAGGAAGAGCGCCCCGCCGUCCCCUCCUCGUCCUUUUUGUCUUGGCUUUAGCUCCGCAAGUUUGGUGAGGCGACCACUGAAAACCUCCUCUCCUCUUUUAUCUUUUGUUUUCCCUGUAAAUAUUGAGGUGGUAAUAUAUGUAUUUCUAUUAUGUAAUCUAACUUAUUUUAUCUCACAAUCUAGCUUAAUGGCAUUAUUGAUUCGUCA